AUGAACCUAAAAAAUGACCUAGAAGAUUUUAAGGUCAAGGAGUUAAUUUCAAAAGUUAGUUCAUAAUAGCUUAAUUAAGUAAUUAAUGUCCUUCUACUGCCUCCUCCUAAUUUGACUUCAUUCGUCAGUAUGCUUCUAAAAGAUUUCUCUAAUGACUAAGAAGUGUUAAAUCUAAUGUCUUUUGCUGUGAGAAAAUGCCCUGCUUUUAGUAAGGAUGUGAACUAUGAAGAAGAAUAUAAAAGACUAAAAAUAAAAAAUGAAUAACUCGUAAAGUAGUGUUACUAGUUGGUUUUAUCUAAAGAUUAGCUCUAAUAAAGAGUUCAAUAAUUGGAGUAAACAGUUCGUUUGAAGUAUUGUGAAGCCUUAUAUUAUGAAUUACAGGAAUAAAUAAAUUCUAAUUAAAUAAAUGACAUGCUACAGCUAGUUCAAGCUAUAAAUUAUAUCUAAAGUAUAGCUAAUAACUAACAAAAUAUAUAAAAAGAGAGUUAAAAUGAAUUUCAAAAUGAAUAAAAUAAUAAACAAUUCUAAAAUAAUGUGGAUAACAAUGUUAAUAUUUAGAAAAUAAUUUCUACAGGCAGUUUUGCAACACCUAUUAAAAAACCAUAAAUUUAAAAUAGUUCAUUUAAGUAAUCCAUAUAAAGUAUGGCUUGUAAUAUGAGUGAUUAAACAUAGCAAAAUAGUGGCUCACUUAACUAAUAAAUCAACUUAUUUAAUCAUGAAACUGUUAAUAUAUAACAGUAAAAGUAUCAGUUAGAGAGUAAAGAUAUAUAUCAAGCCUCUUUUAACUUUGAUAGUAAGCAAGAAAAUCUUAAAAAUCUUAAUUCAUAGAGUUUUAAUUCCUAAUAGCAUGAGAAAAUAAAUGAAGUAGAUAAUGAAUAUCAGUCUCAAGCAAAUAUAUUAUAAGAACAAGAUAAUAACAACAAAUAACUAUUUGAUUUAUUUUCAUAAUUAACACAUAACAAAUAAUUUAUCGAAAACCUGAUUCAAAGUGUUUAAGCAAGUAGCUUAAAUAAAGAUAAUUGA